AUGUCUCCAGAAACCCGCUCUCGCGUCAGGGCGCAGUCCUUCGAGGAGGUAGAGCAGCCUCAUCACGACGAAUCGUCUUCAGAGUCAGAAACAGAUUCAAACAGUUCUGAGUAUGAAGACGGUAGCUCUGAAUAUGGCCAAGAAGAGCCUUCCAUUAUCCGAUCGCCCACCAAGCUCACAUAUCUCGUGGAUCACCUUCCCGAAAACACCCAGUCCAUUGUUCGCGAUACCUUCAAGGAGCCCCCCAAGAUUGCUCUCGAAAAGUGCCGUCGUAUAGACGACACAUAUGCCUUCCAGAUGACAGAGCUUGUUACUCGCUCGGUGCGAAUUCGUGCUCCAGAAGAUGGCACUUCCAAGCUGAGCUGCUCAUGUCGGGACGAUGGACAGCCCUGUGAACACCUCCUUUGGCUACUGGAUCAGAUCGUCAAGCAGACUAUGUACGAUAACGAUCUUAACAAGCCCCUCAAGAUGAACUCAGCAGGUCAUGCCGAAGAACUGGGAGAUCCUUUCCAAAGCAUCUCCAAGUAUCGUCUGGAUGUUCUUGCGGAUGGACUCCAUUGCCAUUUAGUUACUCCCGACUCAGAAUACGACAACGAACCAGAUACCUUCCGCGCGCAAGAGGUUCGAGAGAUUCUCUCCUCUGUUUACGAUAUCGAUCCGAACGAGUUUCGUCCAGAUAUCUUCGGCCAUAUAUCUCUAGGGAAGAAGACCAUCAAACCCAACGACCUCGAACAAACCAUUUUCCGAAUGCUCCUGGACAACCAUCAUUUCUUUCACUAUUUUCGCUCUCUAUCUCGUCCCUACGGCCUCAUCAAAGACCCAUUUUACAAGCUCACACAGCGCAUAGAUCGUGUCGUUCGAGAUUUCGAUGCCGCAGACCCUCCCUCAGAUUCUGAAUCUCCUCGUGAUGUACCAUGGGCAGCUUCUCACAUCCUCGGCUGCGUUCGACGUAUGCGCCAGGAGAUAUAUGCCCGCGAGAAACCUCUAUCAGCACGCGAGGCCUUAUCUGCAGCCCGCAGUCUCACGCAUAUUUUGGACUUGGUGGUGUCUCGCAACAAAGACCAGGGCUCAAGGAGUGCGCCCCGUGUCGAGCGCAACCUCUACUUACGCCUGAUUGGUGACCGCGACCAGGACUUUAUUCUAAAUGUUUUGAAUCUCAUUCCGGAGGCUGCAAGUCAGUUUCUCCAUAACCUUGAGGCAAUUCUUGAACGGAUCGAGAUCUACGGUGCGCCAGCAGGUUAUGUGCAACGCUUCAGGGCGAUGCUGAGGAGGCUGAGGACGUCGAGCACAGGAUCUGGUCUGAAGCGGUCUGUUCAGGGGCAACUAGGCGGUAGAAAGACGAGGAGGACCAGAUGA